AUGCACAUAGACUCCGAUGGUUCGCCUCGAUAUGUCCCAAAUGGAUUGGACUCAGUACCAUUGGCGCAUGCCGCUAGCUUUGACGAUGAAUUGUGGAAGUCGUUUUACGAGAGUGAUGCUGUCCCGCCAUCGAAUGAUACAAAGUACCUGGAUAAUAAGUCCUUUCAUUAUACAUCAUCUUUUCAAAUCAGACCUCAAGUAGAGUACUUUGAUUUCGACGAAAGAUACGCCUUUAACGCAACUGAACAGAGGGCGGAAGUUUCUGGGGAAAGAGAUGAGGCUCAUAAGGAUACAAUUCACUAUGCAAAGCUUGAAGAUGAUGCUCCACAGGAGGUCGCCGGUGAAGAUUUUCGGCCAGAGUGCGAGAAUAUUACGUAUAGUGGAGAUGAUUACAUUGAACAAAUGGCUACUAAGAUAGAUCUUUGCAAGCAUGCGUUGGAGUUACUGAUCAAGAAAAUUGAUCAGACAACGUGCUCGACAAUACCCUAUCGUAACACAGAGCAGCAUAUAUCUUUGGCGAGAGAAAUCUCAGAUUUGUUGUCUUUGGUGAACUACGAGAAUAUGCUACAGUCAUUGAUUUCGGGUGAUAUUAACGGGCCGCGAGAAACUGAUACUAAGGCUGUCUCCAUUUCUUCUGCAACUGCAGAUGCUUCUGCCAGGCUGAGCAAUUUACUAAGAGACGACCCCUGUGCGACGCUGCCCAAUUUUGGUGUGAUCCUACUAAAAUCGCCGGCGACUAUCGCGCAAUUAUGGGACGAAUAUACUAAGGUCCCCUCUGAGUGGCCCGUAACAGAUAUCCUGAGCUUCACGCGCCAACAGGGUAUUUUAAACAGUGUAUCAAACAUUGAGCUAGUUACAAAGAGGAAAACGUCGAUACGGCAAUUAGAACAAAUUCUUGGAUCAUCGUGGCGAAAUAAUGAUAAGAAUUUUUCCCGACAAAUUAAUCGCAGAAAGAAGAUUUGGAAGGCGAUCGAAGAUGGUCUGCGAGACGGAGUACCGCUGCAAGAAUGUUUCUCAAUUCUCGAAACUUACGCAAAAGAACGCAACAAGGGUCUAAGUUGGUAUUACAACGGCGUCCCAUUUGCACUGUCGGCCAUGCCUCCUACUGAGAGAUAG